CGCGCGCCGACGGCGACGGCGACCCGACGACGGUGACGAUCGACUCGCCGCCGAGAGAGACCGCGAGCGAGGCGCGAACGCGCGAAGAGACGUCGAUCGAACGCGCGACGCGCCGGGUUUGAAAAAAUGACGGCGGCGACGGCGACGACGACGGCGACGACGACGCGCGCGACGCGGGAUGCGCGACGCGCGACGACGGCGCUGUCGAGCCGCGCGUGCGCGAUGCGGCGCGGCGGCGCGGGCGACGCGCUGGGCGCGCGCGCGCGCGCGAACGCGGGGACGCGAGGACGAGGCGCGAGACGCGGGGACGGCGCGGCGCGCGCGUGCGGGAUCAUCGGCGUCGUCACGAGGGACGAGGGCAAGGGCGUGGCGGCGGAGAUUUACGAAGGAUUGCUCAUGCUGCAACAUCGAGGUCAGGACAGCGCGGGAAUGGUGACGUACGACGGGAUGAGGUUCAAGGAGAAGAAGGAUAACGGGCUGGUGAAGGACGUGUUCGAUAAGAGCGCGAUGAAGUAUUUGGACGGACACAUCGGCAUGGGACACGUGCGAUAUCCCACGGCCGGGGGGCUGAGCGCGACCGAGGCGCAACCGUUCUUCGUGAACCAACCGCUGGGGAUUUAUUUGAUUCAUAACGGGAAUCUCACGAACACGGAUGAGCUGCGGGCGAAGGAGCUGAACAACAGGCACUUGCGCACCGGGAGCGAUUCGGAGGUUUUGUUGAACGUCUUCGCGGAAGAUUUGAGCAAGGAAAUCGCGGCGCACCCCGAUAAGGAUAGCGACAAGCAGUUGUUUGACGCGGUGACGGUGACGAUGGGUAAGGUGAAAGGGGCGUACUCGAUCAUCUCGCUCAUCAACGGCCAAGGCAUGUUCGCGUUUCGCGACCCGAACGGCAUUCGCCCGCUCGUGUUGGGGCAACGUCAAAACGCCGACGGCGAAGACGAGUGGUGCGUCGCGAGUGAAGACGCCGCGUUCGGACCGCUCGGAUUCACCACCGUGCGUGAUGUCAAUCCCGGGGAGGCGAUCCUGAUCACGGCCGAGGGCAAGAUGAUUUCUCGUCAGUGCAUGAAGGGUUCCAUCUCGCCGUGCAUCUUCGAGUACAUUUACUUGGCGCGCCCGGAUUCUCAAAUCAACGGCAUCUCCGUGUACGAGUUCCAACUUGAACUCGGCCGCCGUUUGGCUAAGCGCAUCAGCGAGCGCGGAUGGGAGAUUGAUACCAUCGUGCCCGUGCCGGAUGGCUCUCGUCCGAGCGCCAUCGAAGUCGCGUCGGCGCUCGACUUGCCUUACCGCGAAGGUUUGGUCAAGAACCGAUACGUCGGUCGUACGUUCAUCAUGCCCGACCAGCGCAUCCGCGAAUUGUCCGUGCGGCGUAAGCUCAACGCCAUGCGAUCGGUGUUCAACGGUAAGCGCGUCUUGCUCAUCGACGACUCCAUCGUUCGCGGGACGACGAUGAACCAAAUCGUGCAAAUGUGCCGCGCCGCGGGUGCGGUCAAGGUCUACCUCGCCUCCGCAGCGCCGCCAGUUCGCUUUCCCAACGUGUACGGCGUCGACAUGCCGUCGCGCAAGGAAUUCGUCGCCGACGACAAGACUGAGGAUGAAAUUUGCGCCACCCUCGGCGCGGAUGGUUUGAUUUACCAAACCGUCGAAGACCUCUUGCAAGCGGGUCUCGGCAUGAACGCGCAAAUCCCGCGUUUCGAUGCGUCGUGCUUCGAUGGCGAUUACGUCACGGGCGAUAUCGACGAGCCUUACCUCGAAGCGCUCGAGGCCGCGGGUAGAGGAAAGGGCAAAAAGGGCGUCACUCAAAAUGCCCCGGCGCGAUGAACGUCUUGAUACAUCGUCC